AUGGGUUUCCUCUACUCUCAGCUCUUCGUCCGGCCGGCUUAUCCGACGCGCUCGUUCGCGGGAGAAACUGUCAUCAUCACGGGCUCCAAUACGGGGCUGGGAAAGGAGGCAGCGCGCCACAUCGCCCGUCUGGGCGCCAGCAAACUCAUCCUCGCCGUGCGAAACACCAAGGCCGGCAACGACGCCAAGAGGGAUAUCGAACGGACAACCGGAUGCGACCCUUCGGUUAUCGAAGUGUGGUCACUCGAUCUGGCUUCAUACGACUCGGUCAAGGCCUUCGCGGACCGCGCCUCCAAGCUCCAAAGGAUCGAUGUCCUGCUCGAGAAUGCCGGCAUCGCCGUGUCAAAGUACUCGCAGGCCGAAGGCCAUGAACGCACCAUCACCGUCAACGUCAUCAGCACCUUCCUGCUCGCGCUCCUCCUGCUCCCCAAGCUCAAGGCCACGGCGAAGCAGUUCGACGCCACGCCGCGCUUGACGAUCGUGUCCAGCGAAGUGCACGGAUGGACCAAAUUCCCCGAAUGGCAGCAACCCACCGACCGGAUCUUCCCGACCCUCGACGACGAAAAGACCGCAACCAUGGACGAGCGCUAUCAAACCAGCAAACUCCUCGAGGUCCUUGUCGUCAAGCAAAUUGCCCCCAGGUUGGCCGAUUCCGGCGUCACGCUUAACAUGCUCAACCCAGGUCUCUGCCACAGCGAAUUGAGCAGAGAUGGCUCUCUCUUCCUGGAGGUCCUGAAAUUCUUCCUCGCACGCCGCACUGAGGUGGGGAGUCGCACGCUCGUUGCUUCCGCCGCGGCCGGCCCUGAGAGUCACGGGAAGUACAUGCAUGACGGGAAGGUCGACGAGAGCGAACUGUCGCCCUUUGUGAGGAGUAAGGACGGGGAGGUGGCCAGUGAGAAGGUCUGGCAGGCGUUGAGUGACAUCUUGGAGAAGAUCUCGCCGGGUGUCACAACGAAUAUCUGA